CAAAAAUUUGAUUUUUUGAAUCCAAAUUUCUUGUAAAUUUUCAACGCAAAAUUCAAAAUGACACCAAGAAUUGUCAAAACGGAUCCAAAUAUUGUACGCAAAUUACAGAUGUCCCAUCGAAAAUCCAUUGAAAAUGCCCAAAGUAUGAUUGACAUGAAACCCACCAAGAUCUUGGCAACCACCUUCCUGAAUAUGAAUAAACUCAAGGACGAUUUUAAGGCAAGCAGCCGGAUUCUUAAGGAUAAUAUACAGUUGUUGAGACGCAUAAAUUAUAUACAACGGAAUCAUGGAAAGACGGGUAGUUAUAACAAAUACAAGGGACAAAAAUCCACAUAUUUGGAAAAUGUGAAUAGGCAACAGGAAAUCAUAAAAAGAGAAAAUUUGGAAUUGGGACGUCGAUUGUUGAGCGUCACUUCGACAAUGGACACAAGGGAGAAGGUCAGGGAAUCGAAUGGUAACAAAAACUCCAAGGAGAAAGAAAAACACCCUCUCGAUAAUUCCAUAAUCCAGGCCUAUAUGGAUGUGACUUCUAUAACAGAUCAACAUUUAAUGGCACAGCUGCUGAGACCCAAAAUUUAUUUGGAUUUAUAUAUCAAAAAUUUACAUCCCCUAGGCAGACUUGUUAUCCAGUUAUAUACCGAAGCGUGUCCCGAUUUGGUACUUGAAUUUGUGCGCCUGUGCAGCCACAAUAGCUUUGAGCUCAUAAAACUUAUACGCAUCUUCCCCUUACUAUGGAUCGAAACGGAACUCAUGGUCGAAAAUGAAAAACUCAGUAAAUCUAAUUUUGAAUAUCAGCCAAAUUGUUUGGAUCUCUCCCAGAAACAUGGUGUCCUGUCAUUUUCCCAGCAUUACCUACAAGGAUUUCCAUUGGGUCUCUUAAAUUUUACCAUCAGCUUUAAACCCCUUCCCGCAUGUCAAAGAGAACGCAUUCCCUUCGGGAUAAUCUCAAAUGGUCUUCGAAUAUUAUCCCUCCUGCCCGAUUAUGGCACAAAAAACGGUAAAAUCAAAAAGCAAAUAACUGUCAGCAAAUGUGGUGUCUUGUAAGGAUAAUGAAUGAAAAGGGUAUUUACAACAACAACAAAAUCCGUAUCCUAUACUCACUAUAAAUAUCACAAUGCUCGCCCUCGUAGUGUGAACCAAAACAAUCACACGAUAUGCCAUAGUAGUGAUUAAUGCA